AUGAAAUUGAAGACUCAAUUGUCUCACAUUUACCACACAUUUGAGACACAACUCACGGCUGAAGACAAACACAACUACAAUGAGUUGACACAAGAGAUGCGGCCAUUGGAAGCGUCUGACAGUAGUGGUAAUGGAUGUCCGCAAUGGACAACACCCGCAGACCUACUGAUUACCCGCAUGACCACCGAUGACGGUGUGGUCGAAGCGCCAGUUAUGACCAGCGCUAAGAAGGGGUCAAAGUCUUUGUGCAAUAAGAAGAAAACACGUGAUAAUCGGGUUGUGGUUAAGCGACGCCCCGGAAGGCCGAAAGUGUUGACACAAGAGUUGCAAUCAAAAGAUAUGGGAAUCAAAGCGGAAGCGUCUGAAGCCACCGACGGUCGCAGUUCUCCACCCGUGGAUCACAUCAUCUCUGAUGAAGACAAUGAAUCGUAUGAUAAGAGCGAGAAAUUAGAGGUUAAGAAACGAAUCCGAAAACGAAGAACAGCUGCGGAGAAGGAAGAGCUCGAAGAACUGCGACAGAAGUACUUGAAUUUUGAGGGCACAAUGGAUGAGACGACCGGUCAUUACGUGUGCCCUAAGACUGGCUGUAACUCAAAAUAUGAACUGCUUAUUGAUCUAUACAAACAUCUUCGGACAGUCCAUGAGCUGCAAUCAAGUGGUCCUGAGUUUGAACAACGAGUGGAUUCGCACACCAAAGAGUACUUCGAUGUCGACACCAAUUGCUAUGUCUGUACGGAAGGCGAGUGUCGAGAGAGGAUUAAAAAACGGUUCACUUUUUACCGACAUUUAAUCAACGCUCACAACAAGAGGCCGAACAUUGUGUGCGAUGUCUGCGGCAAAGCGUUCCGACUGCCGGCUCAGCUGCUGAUCCAUAAGCGAAGGCACACCAAUACGAAGCCAUACAAGUGCUCGAUCGCCGGCUGCGACUACCGGUGCCUAACGUCAGGUAUGCUUAGCGAACACCUGACCAGCCAUUCGUCGGAUCGGCCGCAUCGGUGCCCAUUCAAGGGCUGCGGUAAGACCUUUAAGACCGCGGGUCAUAUGCAACGACACUCUCUAUCGCACGACAAGACAUUUCAGAUGAAGUGCACUGUCGACGGGUGUGACGAGUGGUUUAAGACCGCGUAUUGGCGUACGUUACACGUCAAACAGGUCCACAAGGGUUUGGCGUACGAAGAGUGUCGCCCAGUGUUCAAAAAGUGGCAGUGCGGGUGGCCUGGGUGUGAGUUCAGGGGCAAAUCCGGUACUUUGAAAACUCACCAUCUCAUCCACACGGGUGAGCGGCCGUUCGCCUGCGAUUGGCCCGGUUGUGACAAACGGUUCCGCCAAAUACAACGCCUCGGCGACCACAAGAAUGUUCACGUGAAUGAUAAGCCCCUGAUGUGUCACUGGCCUGGAUGUGCCUACCGGUGCAACGAUUCCGGCAAUCUUCGCAAACACAUCCGCACUAAUCAUAAAUAG